UUAUAAGCCAAUCAAAUGCUUCAAAGUUGGCCCCAUGCUGAAAAGUCAAGUUUAAAAUGCCAGAAACAAGCACACACCAGCACACAGUCGUUGGAUCGACUUACAGUUUCUAUUCAAGACAACAAGAUUUAUCCUCUGAAGACUUGGCGAUAUAAAAUGAAUACCAAACUUUUCUUAGCACUUGCAAUGUUGUUGACUAUUGUUAACAUGGUUGCAGCUCAGGAUGCAAAAGAUGGGCCAAUUUCUGGAUUCCAUGAAGCUAGAGAGUCUAUGAUGUCGUCCACUGGUUUCAAUGCUGCAGCAAAACUCACAUCCAUUUUUUUGCCUUUGGUUGCAUGGUUGAUUUUGGCUUAACUCAUGUAGAAAUGGACAACAACUGGCUUCCUAAAUUUUUGUGCUUUUAAAUUGUUUGGCCAAGUAAUUUUUAUCGGGCCUUUUUAUAGAAUUGUAAUGAAUACAAGUAUUAUUUUCUCACUGCAAUAAAUGCUUGUUUUAUGUUGCCAUUUGAGCAGUUUUCAAA